UCUACGCAGCUCUUCGAAUUCAGACAACGACGACGAUGAGCGACAUGGACAGCAGCUCGUCAGCCUCCCACACGGAGGAGGAGGAGGAGGAGGAGGAAGAGUCGGAGGAGUCGGGGGGUGAGGAGGACAAAGAGAUGAAGAUCAAAGACCGCGAGGGUCCCGCCCCCAGCCUGUCCAGCUUGUCGUCCACGGUGCGGGCCGUCAUCCGCAUCAAGCAGAAGUACCAGGCCUUGAAGAAACGGCGCCAGGAGAUGGCGCUGGUCCUGGGGGGCCACGGGGGCCUGGCCGGGGCCCCGUGCCGCAGCAGCCCCAAAAUCUUCACCUUUGACGCCACGACAGCGUCCAGCCACUCGUCGCUGUCCUCGUCCACGUGUCCGCCGCGCAAGAAGAGGAAGAGGAAAAGGCGGGUGUUGUACCCCAACAGGAGGCGCCGGCGAGCGCCCAAAGGGGAGCACAGCCCGGCGGAGUAUUGUCUCUACCUGCUCAGCGCCAUCGUCUUCCUCCAGGUGUACAACGCCAUCGAGAACCUGGACGACCACGUGCUGCGAUACGACCUGGAGGGUCUGGAGAAGACCCUGAGGAGGGAGGUGUUUGGCCAGCAGGGUGCGGUGGAGGGUCUGCUGUCCCACCUGAGGGACUACCUGUCCACGUACGUGCACAACCGGCCGCUGGUGCUGUCCCUGCACGGGCCGGUGGGCGUGGGCAAGAGCCACCUGGGGCGCCUCCUGGCGGGACACUUCCGCUCGGUGGUGGGCGAGUCCCUGGUCCUGCAGUACUACGUGCUGCACCGCUGCCCCCAGGAGGCCCACGCCCCGCGGUGCGCCCGAGACCUGCGCGCCCUCAUCUCCGCCAUGGUGGAGCGGGCGGAGGAGGAGGAGAAGAUCCCGCUGCUGGUGUUCGACGAGGCGGAGCACAUGCACCAAGACCUCCUGGACGCGCUGCACGGCCUGGUGGCGUCCAAGCAGCCCAACCAGUUCCUCAACGCCGUCUACGUCUUCCUCAGCAACCUGGGCCACCGCGACAUCACCAAGCACGUGCUGCACAACGUCUCCGCGGCGACGGGAGGAGGCGGUCGCCGCGGAGACCCGCUCGGCGAGCUGACGCCGGCGCUGCGGGGGUCUCUGGAGAGGCGCCACGCGCUGUGGACACAGGCGGACAUCCUGCCGCUGGGCCUGCUGGAGAAGAGUCACGUGAUGCAGUGCUUCCUGGAGGAGAUGACCCGCGAGGGAUUCUACCCCGACCGGCCCCACGUGGAGACGCUGGCCGGCCAGGUGGAGUACUAUCCCGCCGCGGGGGGCUGGGAGUAUUCCGUGACGGGCUGCAAGCAGGUGGUGGCCAAGGUCAACCUGCUGUGAAGAUGGACGCCAUAACACAAAUGACUCCAGGAAGAACUUUCCAGUAAGUUCUUCUUCUGGCCAAUAGACAACCACACUGUCACACAUUUAUCAGGGAACUAAGUGAAGGACACAACUUUUAACAGUCAGAAGGUUAGUUUGAUAGCUACAUGGCUAAUAUGCUAGCUUUUGGAUUGAUUGAUUGAGACUUUUCUUAGUAGAUUGCACAGUGAAGUACAGAUUCACAAAAAGUGACCACUAAAUGGUAACACCCCAAUAAGUUUUUCACACUUGUUUAAAUCCACGUUAAUCUAGGCUGACCAUAUUCUGAAAUCCCAAAAAGAGGACACAAAUAUGCAUGUCAAGGUCACCUGACUUCCUGUUGUCGUCUCUUAAAGGGUCUCGUUAGAGUCUUUAACUCAGUUUAAACAAAGUUUAACUCAGUUUGAACCAAGUUUAACUCAGUUUAAACAAAGUUUAACUCAGUUUGAAACAAAGCUUAACUCAGUUUGAACCAAAGUUUAACUCAGUUUAAACAAAGUUUAACUCAGUUUAAACAAAGUUUAACUCAGUUUGAA